AUGGCCGGGGGGCCGGGCCCGGGAGACCCCGCGGUCCCCGGCGCCCAGCACUUCCUGUACGAGGUGCCGCCCUGGGUCAUGUGCCGCUUCUACAAAGUGAUGGACGCCCUGGAGCCCGCAGACUGGUGCCAGUUCGCCGCCCUGAUCGUACGCGACCAGACCGAGCUGCGGCUGUGCGAGCGCUCCGGGCAGCGCACGGCCAGCGUCCUGUGGCCCUGGAUCAACCGCAACGCCCGCGUGGCCGACCUCGUGCGCAUCCUCACGCACCUGCAGCUGCUCCGCGCGCGGGACAUCAUCACGGCGUGGCACCCUCCCGCCCCCUUUCUGCCCCCCAGCGCCACCGCCCCGAGGCCUAACAGCAUCUCUGCACCUUCUGAGGCCGCGGCCCCCAGCCCCCAGAAGUUGCACUCGUCGGCCUCCACCCUCCUCUCCCCAGCUUUUCCAGGCUCCCAGACUCAUUCUGACCCUGAGCUCGGCCCUGUCCCAAGCCCUGCUGCCCUCCAGCCACCACUGCCAUCGCCAGCCCCUUCCUGUAUCAAGCGGAGCCCAGACAGCCCAGCGUCGCUCCUGCAGGGGGCCCACUCCUCUUCGUUCUGCUGGCCCCUCCAUGAGAUUUGCCAGGGCACCCACGACUUCUCAGAGGAGCUGAAGAUCGGGGAGGGCGGCUUUGGGUGUGUGUACCGGGCUGUGAUGAGGAACACGGUAUAUGCUGUGAAGAGGCUAAAGGAGGAGGCAGACGUGGAGUGGACCACGGUGCAGCAGAGCUUUGGGACCGAAGUGGAGCAGCUGUCACGGUUUCGUCACCCAAACAUCGUGGACUUUGCUGGCUACUGUGCUCAGAGUGGCUUCUACUGCCUUGUCUAUGGCUUCCUGCCCAACGGCUCCCUGGAAGACCGCCUCCACGUCCAGACCCAGGCCUGGCCCCCUCUCUCCUGGCCUCAGCGACUGGGCAUCCUUCUGGGUACGGCCCGGGCCAUUCAGUUUUUACAUCAAGACAGCCCCAGCCUCGUCCACGGAGACGUCAAGAGUUCCAACGUCCUUCUGGAUGAGAGACUGAUGCCCAAACUGGGAGACUUUGGCCUGGCCCGUCUCAGCCGGUUUGCAGGCGCCAACCCCAGCCGGAGCAGCGCCGUGGCCCGGACUCGGACUGUGUGCGGCACCCUGGCGUACCUGCCCGAGGAGUACGUCAAGACGGGGAGGCUGGCCGUGGAGACCGACACCUUCAGUUUCGGCGUGGUGGUGCUGGAGACCCUGGCCGGCCAGAGGGCUGUGAGGAUGCACGGUGCCCAGACUAAGUAUCUGAAAGACCUAGUUGAAGAGGAAGCCGAGGAGGCCGGUUUGGCCCUGAGAAGCACCCAGAGCACACUCCAAGAAGGUCUGGCCGCAGAUGCCUGGGCCGCCCCGAUCGCCACCCAGAUCUACAAGAAGCACGUGGACCCCAGGCCCGGGCCGUGCCCACCGGAGCUGGGCCUGGCCCUGGGCCGGCUGGCUUGCUGCUGCCUGCACCGCCGGGCCAAGAGGAGACCCCCCAUGACCCAGGUGUACCAGAAGCUGGAGAAGCUGCAGGAAGCAGUGGCAGGGCCGUCUCUGGAGCCAGAGGCCGCCAGCCGCAGCCCCCCUUCCCCUCAGGAGAACUCCUACGUGUCCACCACUGGCAGUGCCCUGAGCGGUGCCAGCCCAUGGCAGCCCCUGGCAGCGCCCUCGGGAGCCCUGGCCCAGGCUACAGAGCGGCUGCAGAAAGGCGCCAACCAGCCCGUGGAGAGCGACGAGAGCAUGUCCGGCCUAUCUGCUGCCCUGCAUUCCUGGCACCUGACCCCGAGCUGCCCCCCGGGCCCAGCCCGGCCAGGCAGCCCUGGCCCAGGGGCCGCCGUGUGGGCGCCAGCACCCCUCGGGCAGGCUGGCUGUACUCAAGGGGAUGCCACCCGAGAGUCGAGCUGGGGGAGCGGCCCGGGGCUCCAGCCCACAGCCAUGGAAGGACCGCUCCUGGGCGGCUCCACGUCGUCACCGCCCCCCCAGAUUGUCAUCAACCCGGCACGGCAGAAGAUGCUGCAGAAGCUGGCCUUGUACGAGGAUGGGGUCCUAGACAGCCUGCAGCUGCUGUCAUCUAGCUCCCUCCCAGACUUGGGCCUGGAGCACCAGAACAGACAGGGGCCCGAAGAGAGUGAUGAGUUUCAGAGCUGAACUGUCCGCCGGGUCAGAUCCCUAAACCCGGAAGUCAAAGUUCUCAUGGUUGGAAGUUCUCACAGCUCGCGAGCCCUCGGCAGCCUUGGGGGCUCCAUCCUCACGGAGGAGGGCAGGUGGUGGCCCUGCUGCUCUUGGGGCGUGGGCACAGGCAGGGCUCAGGGCCCCCCGGGCCGGCUGCUGCUGGCUGUCAGUAGGGCAGGACAUCUCGACAGCCUGCCUUCAGGCCAGCAUUCGCGGGAGAGGAAAGCCGAUGUCGUUGGAGGGGCCGGUGCGGGGAGGAGGGCAGGUCUGAAGGCUGCUGGCUACGCAGGCCAAGGAGGAGAGGUGAGUGGUCCAGUGGGACUAGCGGGGCGCCAGCUCCCCUGAGAGUUGGGCGGGGCUUCUGCAGCCCAGGCCUAUAGCAGCAGCCCUUGGCCCUUCUUUUCAGACCUUGCUGAAGCCCUGGGGAAAAGCAGCCACUCUGAUGACAGGAGCCGAUGAGGCCAGGGGCCCUCCCAGCUGCUUAUAAUUGGGAAGGGGAGAGUGAGGUGUGGCUGUCCCGUGGUUCAGUCCACUAACUAGAAGCGGGGGUUCUGAGAGGCGCCAGCGAGUGCAGCAGCGCCUCCCAUCAGGCCGGCGUCCGCAGGCUUCCCCAGGGAGCCGGGAGCCAGCCUAAGAGGCCACCGAGCCAGGUCGGGCUCCAGAGGCCACAGGCUCAGCCUCAGGCCCGGGCGCUGCUUGUGACAGAGGGGCCGCUACCCCAGGUUCGGCUAGGCCCAAGCCUUGUGUUACCCAGACAGUGAGAAGCCCCAAGACAGCAGGAAGUUGGGAGCAAGACGGAGAGGAAGGAAAAUGAAAAUGGGACUCACAUUUUUAGAAGCAAGUCAGCGUUCGUGUAACUGAAUGUCUUUGAAAGUAGCCCAGGGCUGUAGCGCACAGGCUUCGAAUGAUUUUGUGUCUGCAGUCAUGAGUCACACUACAUGCCCCACGAAGCUAGGCAUUGGUGAAGUCCAAGCGGUCCUGGAGUAAUAAAAACUUACACUUUGAUCUCUGGCUGUACUUGUAGGCUUUGUGGCACUGAAAGCCUUGAGCUUUUCCAGUGCUUUUCAUCUCAGUGUUCUUGACUGUCCAAACCCAGACCCCAGCCUCCCACCCCCAGAUCUUCUGGAGGUUCUUGUUUCCACUCCCAUUAAGCCACCGUGCUGGUGGCCGAUCCACAACACUACUACCCAGCAGUACUUUCACAGGUUGUUAAAUUUUCCCUAUUUUAUGGAUUUUGACGCUAUUGUAAAGGGUAUUUUUAUUUCGUUUUCUAGUUGAUCAUUAACAGUGUAUAGAAACACAACUGAGUUUUGUAUAUUGGCUUUGCAUUCUGUGGCCUUGGCUUCAAUUCACACCUUAGCUCUAGUGGUUUUUUGGUGAAUACCUUGGGAUAGUUUGUGCACACAAUCAUCUCAUCUGCAAAUAAAGACAGUUUCACCUCUUCCUUUCCGUUCUGUAUGCCUUUCAGUUCUUUCUCUUUUCUAAUUAAUUAAUUCAUUCGUUCAUUAAUUUGGCUGCACCGCGCAGCUUGCGGGAUCGUGGUUCCCUGACCAGGGAUUGAACCUGGGCCCGUGGCAGUGAAAGCGCGGAGUCCUAACCACUGGACUGCCAGGGAAUUCCCUCAUUUCUUGUUCUUGCCUCGUUACACUUGCUAGGGCCUCUGGUCAGAUGUUGAAUAGAAGCGGUGAAAGUGGACAUCCUUGCCUUGUUCUCAGUGUUAGGGGGCAAAGUGUUGGCUUUCGCCAUUAAGUAUGAUGCUACCUAUAGGAUUGUCAUAGAUGUACUUUGUCAAUGUGGUAAACCCCAUAAAUCGAUUUUCCAAUAUUAAAGCAACUUUGUAUUCCUUAGAUAAACACAGCACUUGGCCAUGAUGUGUUAUCCUCUUAUAUAUUGCUGAAUCCCAUUUGCUAAUAUCUCUUGAGAAUUUUUGCAUCUGUGUUCAUGAGGGGUAUUGGAUCUGUAGUUGUCUGGUAAUAAUAUCUUUAUCUGGUUUUGGUGUCAGGGCCUCAUAAAAUAAGUUGGAAAGUGUCUCCUUCUCCUCCUGUGUUCUUAAAGGGCUUGUGUAUCCUCUGUGUUACUUCUUCUUUUUUUUUUUUUUUCAAUAUUUAUUUAUUUGGUUGCACCAAGUCUUAGUUGCAGCAGGCAGGCUCCUUAGUUGUGGAAUGCAUGUGGGAUCCAGUUCCCUGACCAGAGAUCGGAUCCAGGCCCCCUGCACUGGGAGUUCAGAGUCUUAGCCACUGCGCCACCAGGGAAGGCCCCAGUGUUACUUCUUUAAAUGUUUGAUGGAUUCGCCAGUGAAGUCAUCUGCACCUGGAGUUUUCUUUGUGGGAAGGUUUUUCAUUAUAAGUUCAAUUUCUUUAAUUAGAUAUGAGGCCCUUCAGAUUUUGUUUCUUCGUGGGCCAGUUUUCGUAACUUGUGUCUUUCAAAGAAUUUGCCCAUUUCAUCUCAGUUGGUAUAAACUUAAUAAUCCCCCCUUACCCUUUUAUGUCUGUAGGAUCUUUAGCAAUAGCCCCUCUUUCAUCCCCAAUAUUGGUAAUUUUUGUCUUUCCUUUUUUUUUUGGAUCAGCCUAAAUAGAGGCUUAUCAAUUUUAUUGAUCAUUUCAAGGAAGCAAGUUUGGUUUCACUGAUUUUCCUCCAUUGUUUGCCCGUUUUCUGUUUUAUUGAUUU